UGAGAUGAAAUCCGUCAGGAAUUUCAGUCCCUCGAAAAAUCGAUAAAACGUCGGUGAUAUUUUUACCCCGAUUUAAAUAAAUGAAAACGAGUGACUACGAAGACAUGGACGAAGUGUAACAGGUUGAGAGGUGUCGUUACACUUCUCGCUCUCGUUAUCAAGACGACGGAAUACAUUUAACCCAAUUCCUCGAUACACCAGACAUUUCACAAAUAAAGGUGAGAGAAUAAAAAAAAAAAGAGUACCUUCAAAUAAAAAUCAAACGAGAUGAUUUGAAUAAGUGAGAGGUGAGAGAGAAGAAGAGCAAACGAAGAAAAAAAAAAUAUAUGGUCACACAGUUUGAAGCGUCAUUGAUCCAAUUCCUCCUGGCAAUGAAUAAUUGAGACAUUCAGAGACGUCGGUAGACUGCUGAUACAAAAGGAGGAAAAAAAAAAAGAGAAAAACGAGUUGUGCCGAGUCAAGAAUAAGAGGAAAGAGGAAAAAAAUUACCAUCCGGAAAAAAAACACACUCGGAGUAACGGAGAGAGACGGAGUAACGGAGAGAAUGAGAAGGAAGUGCAGACGAAAAAGAAGAGGAAGAAAAUGGGAGCUUAGAGUGUCCGUUAUCGUCGUCGCGUCUAAGCACCUGAUAAAAGUCCGUGUGUCUACGGACAGAUAACGCCGAAUAGCCGGUAUAAAGAGUCGCAUAGAUAGAGAAAGAUAAAGAGCGGCUCAGGGAACAGGUGAAAUUGUCGUAUACGAGACCAACGCCCGAUUUUCCCAUUCAGACAAUUUGAUUGCGUGUCAUCGUCAUUAGUGAUUAUUUUUCCGUGUGGGUACCGAGUGUUUGAUCUGCGUGCUGUAGUCCAGGAAAUUUCUAGAGGAAUUUCUAGAGGAAUUUCUAGAUGAAUUUCUAGAAGAGAGAAAAUAAAAGAGGAUAAUAGAGGGUUUUGAGUGAGCCCUGGAACUAGAGCAUCCUGGAGAAUCGAUUCCUGGUAGCCUUCUAAGGGAAUUCCCUACCUUAUCAGUCUUCCUCGAAGGAUUGGGUCCUUGGGUUGGUCUCACUUGAAUUCUUCGUGUUGUCAGGCCCCCUUUUAACUUUUCCUCAUGAAUUAUGAGUGAUUUUCCCCGGUACUGGGGCACUCACUACAGCGGAGGGAUGGCCGGGCAGCACUACUGCCUUCGGUGGAACAACUACCAGUCGAAUAUGACGUCGGUUUUUCACCAGCUCCUGCAGACUGAAGCCUUCGUCGAUGUCACACUUGCAUGCAACGAGGCCUCGCUAAAGGCGCACAAGGUGGUGCUGUCGGCAUGCAGUUCAUACUUCAAGAAAUUACUGCUCUCCAAUCCCUGCAAACAUCCCACUAUCAUUAUGCCCCAGGACGUCUGCUUCAAUGAUCUCAAGUUUAUCAUUGAAUUCGUCUACAAGGGCGAGAUCGACGUGUCCCAGGCGGAACUGCAGUCGCUGCUAAAAACGGCUGAUCAAUUGAAGAUCAAGGGCCUCUGUGAGGUACCUGAGAGCAAAGAGGGAUCGGCAUCAGUCAGUUUGAGCUCACCACCACGGGAGCCUGGUACACCUCGAUUAAACUACACCAAGUUGAAGAGACAUCAUCCAAAGUACAAAAGAGCGAGAACGUCGUUUGAGGCGAUAACCGAAAGUGCAGACACAAGGCACUACGACAAGUACAAAGACGAGGAUAACGAGGGUGGAAGUGGCACCACCGAUUUUCCCUCCAGCCGGGAAAAUAAUAAAGAGAAUCACCGAGGUGACUGGCAGACAACGACGGAGGAUGAGGAGUGUGGGGUUGAGGCAGUAGUCCUGGAAUCCUGCCAACGAGACAUCAACAACGGUAACGGAACAAACAACAAUAACGGUGAUAUGUUUUGUCACACAGGAUUAGGACAUUAUGGACAUCAUCCAGAUCCAGGAGAUGUCGAUUUACCUCCUGAAACCCAGCCAACACCACCUAGUGCCACCCUGGUGGGCACAACAGUCACUCAUCUGCGAGACUCAGAUCAUGUCACAGAUAUUCAGAACUGCGACAGCGUUAAGAUAAAGUUUGAAACCCUCCACACGAUGGACUCGUCAGACACUAUUGACAUAGACAGCCAUAUGUCUGAUCGUGCCAGUGUCAGCUCGAAGCAUGGGGCUGAUAGUGACAAUAUGAUGAUGAUAACACCCGAGCUUUUGGGUCUUAUGCCAUCGGGUAGCUCCGUACACUCAGACUCGGGGGAGAAUAAUUCUAGGGGACAUUCUGGAGGCUCGGGACACUAUCACGGUACAUCCAAGUCUUGGACACAGGAGGAUAUGGAUGCUGCCCUCGAAGCACUUAGAAAUCAUGACAUGAGUUUAACUAAAGCUUCUGCGACAUUUGGAAUUCCAUCAACAACGUUAUGGCAGAGAGCCCAUCGUCUGGGUAUAGAUACACCAAAAAAAGAUGGUCCAACAAAAUCGUGGAGUGAUGAGAGUUUGAACAAUGCCCUGGAGGCUCUGAGAACCGGCACGAUAUCAGCGAAUAAAGCGUCAAAGGCAUUUGGAAUACCGUCCAGUACAUUGUACAAAAUAGCCAGAAGGGAGGGUAUACGAUUGGCAGCGCCAUUCAACGCGAGUCCAACAACCUGGUCACCAGCGGAUCUUGACAGAGCACUGGAGGCCAUCAGAUCCGGCCAGACAUCUGUCCAGAGAGCAUCCACCGAGUUUGGCAUACCCACGGGGACACUCUACGGUAGAUGUAAGCGAGAAGGCAUUGAGUUGAGCAGAAGCAAUCCAACUCCCUGGAGCGAGGACGCUAUGACCGAGGCCCUCGAGGCGGUUCGGUUGGGUCACAUGAGCAUCAAUCAAGCAGCUAUACAUUACAAUUUGCCGUACUCAUCCCUGUACGGACGCUUCAAGCGUGGAAAAUACGAGGAGCCAGUGGUUAAUGAAAUGUCACAGGAUGGAACAAGUCCACAUUUCCAUCAGAGUCCACACCAGAAUCACUCAUCACCACUUCCUGAUCAAAUGCCAUACCAGGGCAGCUGAAAUUUACCCCUCUAUUAGGCUCUAUAUCAUUAGGACCUAGUUUAAUGUGCAUUCGAUCUCAAAAUACUAUGAAUGCACGUGUUUCGGGGGAUGUAAUCGAGUAUUGCAGUAUUAAAAGAAUUGUAAUAAUACGAUGGACGUUUUGUUCGUGGAGUGAGAAUAACUCUGGAUUAUUUAUGUGGAGAUGUGUACAGAGUGGACAGUGUACGUGAAAUUUUGUAUUUCAAUCUGAGUGUUGGUUAUUCAGCAAGAACUGAGGGAUUUUUAUUGAUUAGGUAUAACGUUUCGUACUGAUCCUUGGUCUUGGUCUGAUGGAGUUGGAGCCAAACGAGUAAAUUAAUUUAGGGAAAUCUUCUUCUUUUUGUUGAGGUGAAGUGAUGGAAGAUGCAGAAAAAACGGGAAAUUCAAUCAAUCGUGUAGUUUCCGCAUUCGAGAAUAAAUAUCACUGAAUGGAGACUCCAAUGUGAUUCAAGAAUAUCCUUUCGAUAUCCUUGAGUCAGGAAAUUUUAUUUAUUCUGUGAGAAUCCAGUAUUUUGGGGUUUUUAAUGCGGUGACCAUAAUUUUUGAGUGAUUUAUGACAUUUUUUGAUUUGAGAUUGAAAAUUUUUGGGUGUAGAGUGAAAUACUGGGGACUCAAGGGAUUUAUUUAUUCUUGAAGGGAAAAAUUGAAAUAAUGAAUUUCAUUUUCUGUGACAAAGUAAUACGUAAUUCCAAGGGUAAUGCGUGUACAUACGCAAUGAUUAAAGGAAAGAAUGAUAACGAAGGCAUAAUUUUAGUGAUUAUUGUUAAGGGAAAAAAGACGCCAGUUCAUCUAUGUUUAUUACUACGUUUUCAUUUUGUCUUCCAAAGUAAUUUGUCAUGGAAUGACGUGCUUCAUCUUUAUUACUAUUCUUUAAUUGUUUUAGUUGUUUUGUUUAAUUGAACGAGCAUUUCAGUUUUGGUUAUAGUAAAUUAAUUGUUUUAAAGAGAAUUAUUGCGUUCACAUAAUUGGACUGAAUAGGGUAUCGCGUGGACAAUGAGAUAGAAAAGAUAAUGUGAGAAUAAUUGAUUAUUUUUCCCUUUUCUCGGUGGAACAAAAUUUGUCAUUUGGAUCUCUUGUCGCGGCUCAAGUGUCACUGUUGUAUCAAAUACGUUGACGGUGGAUUUAUUAAUUUAUCAUGCUCAUUUUUUUAUUAUGAAAUAAGUUAAGUACAUUAUAUACAAAGUAUGAAAAUUUAUAAGAAUAUUAAAUAAAUGUACAGUUUAUAUAUUUUAAAUUAAACAUGCCGAGAUAAAUUUA